AGUUUAUACUUUAUCAUGUGACUAGAUACGCACCAACGUAAGUUCGAGGGUAUGCCUGUACCAUCUACUUCAAGACUCUGAAAGUGUUGAGUGCAGGUUGAGAAUGGUGGAUCUUUUAAGAACAAUUUCCAGUCUAGAACGUGAACAGUUUACGUUACAGAGACUUAAUUCCUCGGGGGAUGAUAGCGAUAGUACUAGCUCAUCGUCUGGCAGCAUUUUAAACCUAGAUUUUAGCAGUGAUGUUCUGAAUAAGGAGGACGAUUUGUUUUUAGAUUACCUGUUUUCUCAGGGACUUGCAGAUUCAAUGAAUAAAUACACUAGUCCAGUGCAGCCACGAUGUGAAACUACCUCAUCAGGAAACUUUACAUCAAAUGACAUCCCGCAGUCGAUUCUUCCGACAUUUGAAGAGACGUACGGCAGGGAUCGUUUUAAAAAUCUGCAUCAGAAAGUAACUGAAAACCAAGAUUCAUUAGAUGUAAGUAGAUCAAUGGAAGAGACUGGUGCACUGGCAUUUGCACCAUGUGAAAAUACUCAACCAAUUCAAAUUGAGAACGUUUUUUCUUUAAAUGAGCAAGGUCAAUCUCUUUUGCACCAUGCAGAAGACAAUAAUGUAAUAAUUUCUUCAACUCCACCGUUUAUCAAAUUUGAACUGUCGAUAAAUAGUGAAAAGUCUCAUAAUGAAUAUUCGUCUAGAAUUUUGCCACAAUCUGGGGGUCGAUUAAUUAAUAUACCACAAGCCGUAGAGACGGUUAGUCUACCGGUUUCAUCGUCUUCACAACCGCAACUGUAUUUUUCUGGAAUCGUACCUAAUAGACCUACAUUGCCUCGGAGAAUACAAAAGAAAACACCGGAUGAACUAAAAAUCCAUAAAUGUCCGUACGAAAAUUGUGACAAAAUGUACUCAAAAAGUUCACAUUUGAAAGCUCAUCUCAGACGGCACACUGGUGAAAAGCCGUUCGUCUGCACAUGGGAGGGUUGUAAGUGGAGAUUUUCACGAUCAGACGAAUUGGCACGACAUAAGCGCUCCCAUUCUGGCAUCAAGCCCUACUGCUGUAACGUAUGUGAAAAGCGAUUUUCAAGAUCCGACCACCUAUCCAAGCACAUGAAGGUUCAUCUGCAGCAACAACAUAGAUGCAGCCAUUACCAAGUGACGAGCGGAUGUAACCCAACUACCACCAUGCUGUUUCAGUAACGAAAGCUAGUGUAACAGUUUAACCAACAAAUUUAAACUAUCAAAAUAAUGUUUGUAAUGUCUCUGACUAAAGAGUUUCGUAUCUUGUUAUUUGAUAUUACAAUGCAUAUUUCUCCCGCGUUAGCAAUGCAAUCAUAUAUUGUUUCCUGUUUGACAUGUUUAAUGUACAGUAGUGUUAUAGUUUUAAAGCCUGGCUCCGGAAAAAGAUGGAAAUGGUGGUCGUAGUAGACAUAAUAGUUCCGGAAUAGCUGAAUUGAGUAAUUUAAUUAUAUCAAUUUAUAUUAGAUUAGAUUGUUCCAUUUUAAGAUGAGUUUUCAUAGCAACUGAUGGAGGUGUUUAACUUAAUCCUUUAUAAAAUAUAAAAGAUAGGCCUAAUUAAAUUCUUGGAAACUGAACUGCGUCUGAUUAAAUUUGUUUAUCGAUUACGUAUCCCCUGUAUACGAUUUUCUGUGGAUAAUAAUUCAUGAGUUUGCAGCAAAAUUACUUACUAAGUAUUAUUUUGGAAAUGUGAAGGCCUAGAGAUACCGAGGAUUGGAUAUUAACAUCAAAAUGUUUCGACAAAUACCGAUGUCCUCUACAUCGGCAUAGCAACGAUCAAAGAAAAAUGAAGAGGAAAUGAUACAAUAUUUGAGGCAGGAAAACUGAGUGGCCAAUGAUUGUAAUUGACAGUGACGGUAGUUUACGGUCAUGUCUUGGACUAAAACAUAGGUCAAUGUAUAAAUAAAACAAAAUGUCUUAGAGAAAGUAGGUAUAAUAUGAUAUAACUAUGUUAGGAACCAUAACCAAAUAAUAAGCUUAUUCAUACUUGGCCUUAUUAUAAUGUCUGUUAUUUUUCUUUUUUUUUAUUUAAUAUUAAUUUUUUUGUGAUUUUUUUAAAAGCCUGAUUAAACUAAAAUGUUCAACAAGAAAGUA